AUGACGGAACUCGAUCGACCAACAGAUUCAACGGGAAUCGAGGUGGAUGCCGAUGCCAGUUCACCAAGUGAUGUGGACAGCAUUCGAAGCGAUCUGACCUCGUUGAGCGAGUCUAUCUAUAGUUAUGUGUACGAGAAUGGUCGGACCUACCACGCGUACGGAUCCGGGACUUAUGUAUGUGAUCUGGAGCUGUGA